AGCUAAAAGCUAAAAGCUAAAAUCCUGUUCUAACCUCGUCUUCUUCCUCAAGUCAAUCCGACCCAUUCCGACACGGUCCUUCCCUUUCCGUUCUGGUGAAUCAUCUGCUACCGCCGCCGUCGAUAGCUCUGCCACUCUCAGAGAGCAGCCGGUUUCAUACGCGAUUUUGAACGAUGGCCACCGUGAUGCAGAAAAUCAAAGACAUCGAAGAUGAGAUGGCAAGGACUCAGAAGAAUAAAGCUACUGCCCAUCACCUUGGCUUGUUAAAGGCUAAACUUGCAAAACUGCGGAGGGAUCUUCUUGCACCACCAUCAAAAGGUGGGGCUGGUGCUGGUGAAGGUUUUGAUGUUACAAAAAGCGGUGAUGCUAGAGUUGGUCUGGUUGGCUUUCCUUCUGUUGGAAAAUCUACACUGUUGAACAAGUUGACUGGCACCUUUUCUGAGGUUGCUUCAUAUGAGUUUACUACCUUGACUUGUAUUCCAGGAGUGAUCAUGUAUAGAGGAGCUAAACUUCAGUUGUUGGACCUUCCUGGUAUUAUUGAGGGUGCCAAAGAUGGAAAAGGUAGAGGAAGGCAGGUUAUAAGUACUGCUAGGACUUGUAAUUGCAUUUUGAUUGUUCUGGAUGCAAUAAAACCUAUCACUCACAAGCAUCUGAUAGAGAAAGAGCUUGAAGGAUUUGGAAUUAGGUUAAACAAAGAACCACCUAAUUUGACAUUUAGGAAGAAGGAUAAAGGUGGAAUCAAUUUGACAUCAACAGUUGCCAAUACAAACCUUGACCUGGAAACUGUGAAGGCAAUAUGCAGCGAAUAUAGAGUACACAAUGCUGAUGUACAUCUUCGAUAUGACGCAACGGCUGAUGACCUUAUUGAUGUCAUCGAAGGUAGUAGAGUAUAUAUGCCUUGCAUCUAUGUUGUAAACAAGAUUGAUCAGAUUACCCUGGAAGAACUGGAGAUCCUCGAUAAACUUCCUCACUAUUGUCCAAUCAGUGCUCAUCUUGAGUGGAACCUUGAUGGCUUACUCGAGAAGAUUUGGGAAUAUCUGAAUUUGACCCGUAUAUAUACAAAGCCCAAGGGAAUGAAUCCAGACUAUGAAGAUCCUGUAAUAUUGUCAUCAAGGAAAAGGACGAUUGAGGACUUCUGCGAACGUAUUCACAAAGAUAUGGCAAAACAAUUCAAAUAUGCCCUGGUUUGGGGUUCAAGUGUAAAGCACAAGCCACAAAGAGUCGGAAAGGAGCAUGAACUGGAGGAUGAAGAUGUUGUCCAAAUUAUCAAAAAGGUUUAGUUUUAGUGAAUUGCAGGUGCACCUUGUGUACGUGCUCUUGCAGGGAGGAUUCCUUGUUGCUUCCAUUCCCGAGUUUUUUUGGUACUAUAUUAUUCUACUAUCUUCAUCUUCUUCCAGACAAUGCUAGGCUAAGCUACGAACUGCGUUCUUAGUUCUUAAUAGGAGUAUUAGUGAAUAGAUUUUUUCUGUUGCAUUAUCUAUCAUAUCUUUUGUUAUUAUUAGGGGCAUUAUCCUGAGUUUUCUUGAGGAAAAGAAAAUAUAUAUAUCUGCGUCUUUGAAUUUCUUUGUGGCUUAAUCAUUGUGUC